AUGGGUGCUGGUAGCAACAGAUUCUUCAGCCUUCUCUCCACCACGACGCCGCACCCUUCGCCUCUCCAACUCCACCACCGCUUCCCUUGUCUCCUCCUCCUCCUCCGCCUGUCUCGCCACUCUUCCCGCCCCCCUCUCUCUUCUCGCCGCCACCACCACUCACCAACUCUCUCUUUUCGCUCCUCCUCCUUUUCUACUCCCAAAUCAUCCUCCCGUCACUGCAACGCCUCCUCUCCCGUUCCCCCCGCCGCCGACCCACCUCCGCAUCCCUGGCCGGAGUGGUCCCACCUCCUUACUGUCCUCUCUGCCGCCGGCUAUAAUGAACUCCACGGCCAAGACGCCUUCACCGGAGACUUGCCGGACCACUUUGUCCGCGCUGCCCGUGUUUAUUUGGGCUUUGCUACAGCACGACCCGGCCUUCUCCGCUUUCUUUCUCAAAGAGAUUUACAGGUUGUGGUCGAGGGUGGGUCGCCCUUUUUGUUCCAUUCAGCCCGGAGGAUGACCUCAUUUGUCGUCCGAGGCGAUAAUGCCUUCGAUGAUGAUAAAGCAGAAACGGUUGAUUUGAUGAGAUACAUUUUGAGUUAUGCUAGCAAUCCUGUUGUUUAUUCAGAGCGAGGCAACUUCUACAAUUGUGAAAGUGUCGAAUCGUCUGUCCGUAAUCUGUUGAGAGAGAUGACAAAGCUUUGUUAUAGCGCUCCAGAGUCCAACUCUGUUGGGACAGUAAGCAAAACAAUUGAAAUGAAAGAAGAUGACUGGAUUUGCUCAAGGUGCAAUUUUAUGAACUUCGCAAUAAACAUGAAAUGUCAUAAAUGCAAUGAGGCAAUGAGGCAAAGGCCACACAGACAGCUGACUGGCAGAGAGUGGGAGUGUCCUCAAUGUGAUUUCUUGAACUACGGGAGAAAUGUGGUAUGCUUGAGGUGUGAUUGCAAGCAACCCCUGGAUAUCGGCACCAUUAAAGCUAAUUUAGAUAUUGGAUUCGACAAUGUAGAUGAACCAGAUAAGGCUGAUAUCAAUAGCAGGCUGGCUGCCAAUGAAGAGAAGGCACAGCGGUGGUUCAGUAAGAUUUCUCAGUUGGACAGAACUUCUGACAUCAGCAGUAUGAUAUCAGAUGAAGAUUUUCCUGAAAUUAUGCCAUUGAGGAAAGGUGUAAAUAGAUUUGUUGUCAGUACAAGGAAGACACCAUUACAGAGGAGACUGGAAAAUAUCCAACACCAAAGAAUGUUGGAUAGUGAUGAAAUCAAGGAUCUCCAAUUGGGAAAUGCAAAUAAGUCACAUGGUACUACUACAUCCAGCCCGAGAUUAGAUACUAUUCGUGGUGGUUCAUCUGAUUCUGAAUCAAAUACUACCGCUACCAUUCCUGGAGAACAAACUGAUACCCCAUCUUUUAUCUCUAGCGCAAGUUCCGCACAGUAUCAACAGCACAGACGGAGUAACUCAAAUGAUGCUCCCUUUGUGCCAUUACCUGCAGAUGCUUUUGGGAAGAAACCCAAAAAUUCUUAUACAGAGGAGAGUGGGAAGUUAGUGAGAGACCAAAAUGAGUCCAUCACUCUGAAAGGCCGUGAAUUGGAAGGCAUUUCAGGUAACAAUCAAUUUGGAAAAUCAGAAGACAAUCUUCUAUCUGGAAAGUUCAUAAAACAAGUUGGCAGCAGGAACCAAGAUAAGGAACAAGCCGAAAAAUCUGAGAGAUGGUUUAAGAGGGUUGCAGAGUUGCACGAUGUUACAGAUCUUGCAAGUGCAAUUUCUGACGAGGACUUCCCCGAAAUUAUGCUGGUCCGCAGAGGACAGAAUCGAUUUGUGCUCAGCAAGAAGAAGGAUCGCUCUUUGUCUUCUCCAGAAUACAAGAAAGGUACCAGUAUGGAACUAGCUAACAGUGCCAACUAUGUUCCCUUCGUUCCCUUCCCACCUGAUUACUUUGCUAAAGUAGACAACCCACAAACAAAUGGGACGCCUAUUGAUAACAAGACUAGUGUCGAGGCGACUCCGACUAUGAUGCCAGAGAAUCCUCCAAACAAAUCGUUUUAGACCAAACCUGGGAAGCAGAAUGCUGGUCAUAGUCAAAAGACGAAAGUCGGGAAACCCAUGUUGCCAGACUUGAAAUCUAGACCUUCUGAAGAUAAUCUUGGGAAAAAAUGGACUAGCUCUGUAAAUGGAGCCCCAAUGAGUGGAAGUUCUUCCAUAAAGUUUGGUAAUCCUAGCACUAAUAGCAGGUAUAAAUUCAACAGUGGAUCUUCAGGGAAAGAGAAAUUUGAUGAGGCAGUGAAAACACAGCAUCCGUCCAAUGAACAAAAUAUUAGACAGUGCUGGACAGGGAAGAGUCUGGAGGGGUCAGCAGUGAAGGAACCAAAUCCUUUAGAUAUGUCAGAGGCAAACGCAGAGAGAUGGUUUAAGCGUGUUGCCCAAAUUAAAGACAUUUCAGAGAUUCCUGAUGAAGAUUUCCCUUCAAUAAUGCCAAUGCGCAAAGGAGUGAAUCGGUUUGUGGUCAUCAAGAGGAAAACACCUCAGGAGAGGAGGCUGACGUCUCCACAGUACAUAAAAAGCCUUCCUGUAGUGAGCUCUGAUACAAUGAAGGAAGAUGAUGGUAUCUAAGUUUGAAAUAGUAGUUCUUUUGUUGUUCCGGAAGCUUGAGAUAAAUGUCCUUAUGUUCUUUUGUUUCCGAAUCAUUUGUACUUCCGAAACUAUUGUAACCAUUU